GAUUGACAGACAGAAAGUGGAUGGGGAAUUGUUGAGUUACAUGGGUGACAAAUGUUCGUGAGGCCAAGGUGGGGCACGUUGGGGAAAGUGGGGCCUGCGGCGGCUACAGGCGAUCCCCUCAGUUGUCGAAAGUUUACAUUCCAACAAAAACACAAUCACAUCGCCACCAGAUAAGGGCAUACCUCGGGAAACCUGCUCACGAGAAGAAGAACCUGGAAACACCUUUUCUCACGUCGCAUUACAAAUGGCUCCAUGGAUAUAUCAGGGGCGCACCCUUGCGUGUCGAGUUUUACGGCCCUCAGUACUGUUCCCAAAAACCGGUCAUCAAUACCACAGGCGUCUGGGGACUAUUGUUGCCAAACCUGUUGUAUCAAACUCAUCCGAUAGCCUCAGCUUCUCCUAUGAAUCUGGAAACCAAAAUAUGAAGCGAACAUCACUUCCCAAUUUCUGGCUGCGAGACAAUUGCCGUUGCAGGUCUUGCGUUCACCAAGACACAAUGCAAAGGAACUUCAACACGUUCGACAUACCUAAAGAUGUUCGGCCGCUGAAAGUGGAAACACAACACUCGGGCGUCCAAAUUCGCUGGUCUGACAACGCGCAUGAAAGCUUCUACACUUGGGAAUUUCUCGAGUCAUACUUGAAAGCUGAUCGACCACAGCUUGAACCAGUUGAACUCGAAUACUUUGGGGCAGAUGGUAGUCAAUAUUCGACAGCAUGGCCACCAUCAGUCCAGAACCAGGACAUCUUGUCUGACGAAACUAAGGCUGUUGGUCGAUUAACAGAUCUGAUUAGUAAAUUCGGGUUUGCAUUCAUCACUGGAGUACCGAUUGAGUCCGGAGAAGCAACAGAGAAGCUCCUAGAGAAGAUUGCGUUCAUUAGACAUACGCAUUAUGGCGGUUUCUAUGACUUCAUCCCGAACCUGGCGAUGGCUGACACUGCCUAUACCAAUAUAGCACUAGCCGCCCACACAGAUACGACAUACUUCUCAGACCCAGCUGGUUUGCAAGCCUUCCACCUAUUGUCACACUCAGACCCGAAUGCCAAAGAUGGAACCGCGACUCUAGGUGGCCAAUCGUUGCUUGUCGAUGGUUUCUAUGCCGCGAGUCUCCUGAAGGAGGAAGACCCCAAGGCAUUCCAAGUUCUCAGUCAGGUCCGGCUUCCAUGGCAUGCCAGCGGAAAUGAAGGUAUCACUAUUUCUCCUGACAAGUUGUACCCCGUACUCGAAGUCGACGACAGGAUGGGCAAAAUGCAUCGAGUGAGAUGGAACAAUGACGAUAGAGGCGUUGUCCCCUUCGACGGCGGGUUCUCCCCGACGGAGUGGUACGACGCUGCGAGGAAAUGGAACUCUAUUUUGAGGAGGAAUUCUGUUGAGUACUGGUUUCAACUUACGCCCGGUAGUCUCUUGGUAUUCAAUAACUGGCGGGUCCUUCAUGGGCGGAGUGCGUUCACAGGAGUGAGACGAAUGUGUGGUGGCUAUAUCAACCGAGACGACUUCAUCUCUCGAUGGAGAAACACCAACUACCACCGAGAAGAAAUUUUACGUAGGAUUAUAGGAUAGUGCCCGUUCGCUCAAACCAUAUCUCCUUUUUUUCUGUGAACAAGUUACCAGUAGAGCUAUUUUGAGUCUUGCAGUAUGUGUUGCGGAUGUGAGUGACAUCUACUCCAUACCCGGUUAUAUUCGGAUAGUUCGCCGGCC